AUGCCGCCAGCUUACGAUGAUACCGGAAUCCAAUACUGUGAGCUCAAAGACUUCACAUUCCAAAAUGGCGUCACACUUCCCAGUGUACGACUCGCCUAUCGGGAGUUCAAUCCCACUGCCCAGAAAGUCGCACUGAUUCCGACCUGCUUUCGUGGGAGGAUAAACACGACUUUGAACUUCACCACCGGAGUUCUGCGCAACCAUCGAGUUAUCGUCGUAGCGUUACUCGGCAAUGGCGAAUCGUCCGGUCCUUCAAACACCGAUAACUUCCCAUCUACCCUCGAUUAUCGAGACUGCGUUCGAGCCAAGUACAAGAUGGUCACCGAAAAAUUCAACAUCUCCUCCAUUGACGUGAUGAUUGGCUUCUCCAUGGGUGGACAAUGCACCUAUCACUGGGCUGCCAUGUAUCCCCAAAUGCUUCGAAAUGCCGUGAUUAUCUGUUCGUCAGCGAAGACCAGUCUGCACAACUAUCAAUUCCUGGAAGGGCCUAAAGCGGCUUUGUCUCAUUCAAUUGACUACAACGAUAUUGCUAUGAGGUCUCAAGGAGGGUUCGCACUUCGUGGGCUACAUGCUUUCAGCCGAGCGUACUCCGCCUGGCUGACGAGUGCGGAGUGGUUCGAACAGCGUCUGUUUGAGAGGCAAGGCUUCAAAACUCUCGAGGAAUGGAGCAAGGCGGGUGAAGAGGGCUACGAGGACUGGCAUCCGGACAAUCUCCUCGUUAUGCUAGGAAUGUGGCAACGGUCUGAUAUUGGAGUUGCUUUGGAAUCUGAUUCUACGAAAGUUCCCAUCGAACAAGCGCUUCAAAGCCUGACUACGAGGAUCCUUCUGAUGCCCUGCCAGACUGACCAGUACUUCACAUGGGAAGCCAACGAGAAAGAAGCGUCGUAUCUAAAGAACGGAGAGUUGGCGGUGAUCCCAUCGAUCUGGGGCCAUAUUGGUGGAGGCGGUGCCAACCCAGAGGACACUGAGUGGAUGGAUCGAAGAAUUGCGACGUUCCUAGAAAGUAAUCCUUGA